GAAACUAGCUGAGUCGUUUUCUGAGAAGAGACCAUAUUUGUUCGUAGAGGAAGCCGUUGCUUUCUGGGAUCUGGCUACAGCAGAAAAGACGGUCUGCUCCAAAAAGGCUGUUCCAGAGGGUAGCUGGCAGUUGGAAGAGCCAAGGACGCCUCCAAGCUCUGGAUUUGGGGUCCUCUGUCUAUGGGUGCAGUGCCCAUGCCCAGCCUGUGAGCUUCCUCCUGGAGAGCAGCCAUGGCGCUGAGGAAUGUGCCCUUUCGCUCGGAGGUCCUGGCCUGGGACCCCGAUAGCCUUGCUGACUACUUUAAGAAGCUGAACUACAAGGACUGUGAAAGGGCCGUGAGGAAGCACCUCAUCGACGGCGCUCGGUUUUUGAACCUAACAGAAAACGACAUCCAGAAGUUCCCCAAGCUCCGGGUGCCGAUUCUCAGUAAGUUAAGUCAAGAAAUCAACAAGAACGAAGAGAGGAGGAGCAUCUUCACACGCAAACCCCAAGUCCAGCGGUUUCCUGAAGAGACAGAAAGCCAUGAGGAGGACAACGGGGGCUGGUCGUCCUUUGAAGAAGAUGACUAUGAAAGUCCCAAUGACGAUCAGGAUGGGGAGGAUGACGGUGACUACGAGUCCCCCAACGAGGAGGAAGAGGCACCCGUGGAAGACGACGCCGACUAUGAGCCGCCGCCCUCCAACGAUGAGGAAGCGCUGCAGAGCUCCAUCCUGCCGGCCAAGCCUUUCCCCAACACCAACUCCAUGUACAUCGACCGGCCCCCAGCCGGGAAGGCCCCGCAGCAGCCCCCCGUGCCCCCGCAGAGACCGAUGGCCGCCCUGCCUCCCCCGACGGCCAGCAGGAACCACUCGCCACUACCCCCACCCCAGCCCAACCACGAAGAGCCUAGCAGAAGCAGAAACCACAAAACGGCCAAGUUGCCGCCUCCUUCGAUAGACAGAAGCACAAAACCUCCCCUGGAUCGCUCAUUAGCUCCGUUUGAAAGAGAGCCCUUCACUCUAGGAAAGAAACCAGCAUUUUCUGACAAGCCCUCUGUCCCAGCGGGAAGGCCUCUCGGAGAGCCUUUAUCCAAGAUACAAAAGCCUCCUUUACCACCAACCACGGAAAGACACGAAAGAAGUAGCCCCCUGCCAGGGAAGAAGCCACCUGUGCCAAAGCAUGGAUGGGGACAAGACAGAAGAGAGAAUGAUGAAGAUGAUGUGCAUCAAAGGCCUCUGCCCCAGCCAGCACUACUUCCUAUGAGCUCCAACACUUUUCCUUCGAGAUCUACCAAGCCGAGCGCCAAGCACUCUCUCCCAUCCUCUCACAUGCCUGGAGCUUUCUCAGAAAGCAGUAGCAGUUUUCCACAGAGCGCCUCUCUCCCGCCCUACUUCUCUCAAGGCUCUAGCAACAGACCACCUCUCAGAGCUGAAGGCAGAAACUUCCCCUUGCCGGUUCCGAACAAACCUCGGCCCCCAUCCCCUGCGGAAGAAGAGAAUUCAUUAAAUGAAGAGUGGUACCUUUCUUAUAUUACCCGACCAGAGGCAGAAGCUGCUCUUAGAAGGAUAAACCAGGAUGGCACUUUUCUGGUUAGAGACAGCUCUAAAAAGACAAUAACCAAUCCGUAUGUCCUUAUGGUGUUGUACAAAGAUAAAGUUUACAACAUACAGAUCCGUUACCAGGAGGAAAGUCAAGUUUACUUGUUGGGAACUGGGCUCCGAGGGAAAGAGAAGGAUGAAUGGGACUUUUCCCAGCCUGGCCAUCAGGACUAUGGUGAUCAAGGCUAUACAAAGAAAGACUUGGCUGCUGAGCCCUUUUGA